AUGGCGGCGGGGUCGGGUGGGAGUGGGGGCUCUGGGGGAGGCCCCGGGUCGGGGCCGGGCGGGGGUGGGGGUCCCGGGGGUGGGGGCCCCAGCGAGAGCGCCCCAGGACCCGGGUCCGGCGGGGGUCUCAGCAGCGGCGGGGAGCUGCACCCGCGCACCGGGCGCUUGGUGAGCCUUUCGGCCUGUGGGCGUACAGCGCGGCGGCAGCAGCCGGGCCAGGAGUUUAACCACGGGCUGGUGUUGAGCCGGGAACCCUUGCGCGACGGACGCGUCUUCACCGUCCGCAUCGACCGCAAGGUCAACUCCUGGAGUGGCUCCAUUGAGAUUGGAGUGACAGCGCUGGAUCCUAGUGUACUGGACUUCCCAAGCAGUGCCACGGGGCUGAAGGGGGGCUCAUGGGUGGUGUCAGGCUGCUCGGUGUUGAGGGAUGGACGCUCUGUGCUGGAGGAGUAUGGUCAGGACCUGGACCAGCUUAGCGAAGGGGACCAUGUGGGCGUGGAGCGCACGGCUGCCGGAGAGCUGCGCCUCUGGGUGAAUGGGCGGGAUUGUGGUGUGGCCGCCACGGGCCUGCCCACUCGAGUCUGGGCCGUUGUGGACCUUUAUGGCAAGUGCACCCAGAUCACUGUGCUACCCCCCGAGCCGGGCUUCAGCCCCCCUACUCCCAUCCCCACGCCUCCCCUUGAGCCCUCUGCUGCCCCUGAAGAUUCUGCCUCGGCUGAACAGGGGAACUCUGGAGAUGAAGCCUUCAUGGUGUCCCCAGCGCAGGCCCGUCCGGAGACGUUUCCUAACAGCCUUGAGUCGCAUAAUGACUUUUCCAGCAUGGAGCUCUCGGAGGUGGUGAGCAACGCAAUCCUGUCUGCCUACAACGGGGGGCUCCUGAACGUCAACUUGAGUUCUCCGCCUGCAGGGGAAGGGUCGGGGGGUAGCGGGGCUGCCACCUCACCCGUCCUCACUUCCAACGACUCCCUGCUCUUUCACGAGAAGUGUGGGACCCUCAUCAAACUCAGCAACAACAAUAAGACAGCCGAGCGCCGCCGGCCUUUGGAUGAAUUCAACAACGGGGUUGUCAUGACCAACCGCCCUCUUCGAGACAACGAGAUGUUUGAGAUCCGCAUCGACAAGCUCGUAGAUAAGUGGUCGGGCUCCAUCGAGAUCGGUGUCACCACCCACAACCCCAACAGCUUGGAGUACCCAGCCACCAUGACCAACCUCCAGUCGGGCACCAUCAUGAUGAGUGGGUGUGGGAUCCUGACCAACGGCAAGGGCACCCGCCGGGAGUACUGUGAAUUCAGUCUGGAUGAGCUGCAGGAGGGCGACCACAUCGGUCUCACGAGGAAGUCCAACUCUGCCCUGCACUUCUUCAUCAACGGCAUCGAUCAGGGCGUGGCUACCCCACUGACGCCCCCAGUGGUAUAUGGGGUGGUGGACUUGUACGGGAUGGCCGUGAAGGUGACCAUCGUCCACAAUAACAACCACAGCGACCGUCUGCGCCGGAACAAUGCCAUCCUGCGGGCACUGUCCCCUGAGGGUGCUCUCCGCCGUGCUGCGCCUGCUGCCCAGGCAGAACCCGAGCGCCUGCUCUUCCACCCCAACUGUGGGCAGAAGGCGGCCAUCACCCACGAGGGACGCACUGCCCUGAGGCCCCAUGCCACCGACGACUUCAAUCAUGGCGUGGUGCUGAGCAACAGAGCCCUGCGGGAUGGAGAGGUGUUCCAGGUGUGCAUUGACAAGAUGGUGGACAAGUGGGCCGGCUCCAUUGAGAUUGGCGUCACCACCCACAACCCUGCCUACCUCCAGUUGCCCUCCACCAUGACCAACCUGCGCUCUGGGACCUGGAUGAUGACUGGGAAUGGGGUGAUGCACAAUGGGACAACCAUCCUGGAUGAAUAUGGGCACAACCUGGACCGUCUCAAGGCAGGGGACACGGUGGGCGUGGUUCGGCGGGAGGACGGGACUCUCCACUUCUUUGUCAAUGGGAUGACUCAGGGCCCCGCGGCCUGGAACGUGCCCCCGGGCGUCUACGCCGUCGUGGAUCUCUACGGCCAGGCGGCCCAGGCCACCAUAGUGGACGACGUGGAGGUGCCUGCAGUCCCAGAGCCACUCCCUGAGGGAAAUAACCAGGUGUCCCCGAGCUCCCCGUCAUCAGGAGCCGGGGGCUCCGACCUGCGCUUCCACCAGCUGCACGGCAGUAACGCAGUCAUCACCAAUGGGGGCCGCACCGCGCUGCGCCACAACUGCCGCAGCGAGUUCAACGAUGCCAUCGUCAUCUCCAACCGGGCCCUCCGGGACGGAGAGCUCUUUGAAAUUGUCAUUCAGAAGAUGGUGGACCGCUGGUCAGGCUCCAUCGAGGCCGGAGUGACCGCCAUUCGGCCGGAAGACCUUGAAUUCCCCAGCACCAUGACGGACAUCGACUAUGACACGUGGAUGCUGAGUGGCACGGCCAUCAUGCAAGACGGGAACACCAUGCGCAACAACUACGGGUGUGACCUGGACGCCCUGGGCACUGGCGCACGCAUUGGCAUGAUGCGCACGGCCAAGGGCGACCUGCACUACUUCGUCAACGGCCAGGACCAGGGUGCCGCCUGCUCGGGCUUGCCUCCGGGUAAAGAGGUGUACGCGGUAGUGGAUCUGUACGGCCAGUGUGUCCAAGUGUCCAUCACCAAUGCCACCGGCCCCAUGGACAACAGCCUGGCCACCAGCAACACCGCCACUGAGAAGUCAUUCCCCCUGCACUCCCCAGUGGUUGGCGUGGCUCACCGAUUCCACAGUACUUGUGGCAAGAACGUCACUCUGGAGGAGGACGGCACGAGGGCAGUGCGUGCGGUUGGCUAUGCUCAUGGUCUCGUCUUCAGCACCAAGGAGCUCAAGCCUGAGGAAGUCUUUGAGGUGAAAGUGGAAGAGUUGGACGAGAAGUGGGCAGGCUCCCUCCGGCUGGGGCUGACCACUCUACCGCCAGGGGAGAUGGGCCCUGGAGCGGGGGGCAGCCCGGGACUGCCGCCCACUCUGCCAGAGCUCCGGGUGAAGACCACCUGGAUGGUGUCCAGCUGUGAAGUGAAGCGGGAUGGGCAGCUCCAGAGGAUGAACUAUGGCCGGAACCUGGAGAGGCUGGGGGUGGGGAGCCGUGUGGGCAUUCGUCGGGGGGCAGAUGACACGAUGCACCUCCUGGUAGAUGGAGAGGAUAUGGGGCCCGCAGCCACCGGCAUCGCCAAGAACGUGUGGGCCGUGUUGGAUCUGUAUGGGCCAGUGCGCAGUGUGUCCAUUGUCAGCUCCUCGAGGCUGGAGGAGUCCGAAGGCACCCAGCCUCCCUCCCCCAGCUUGGACACUGGCAGUGAAGGCGAGGAAGAGGACGAGGGCGAGGAGCAGAGUCUGGGAGACCAGGAUCAAGUGGCCGUUAUGCCCACAGCCCUCGAGUUCCUGGAGAACCACGGGAAGAAUAUUCUGUUGUCCAAUGGGAAUCGUACAGCCACGCGGGUGGCUAGCUACAAUCAGGGCAUCGUCGUCGUCAACCAGCCCUUGGUGCCCCAGCUGCUAGUCCAGGUACGGAUAGACGUCCUGAACCGGCAGUGGACGUCGUCCCUUGUCCUGGGAGUCAUUGCCUGCCCACCCGAAAGGCUCAACUUCCCUGCCUCUGCCUGUGCCCUCAAGCGAGCAGCCUGGCUGCUGCGGGGCCGUGGCGUCUUCCACAACGGGCUCAAGAUCUGUGAAAAGCUUGGACCAAAUCUGGACACAUGUCCUGAAGGCACCAUCCUGGGACUGCGGCUUGACAGCUCGGGGGGCCUGCAUCUCCACGUCAACGGGGUCGACCAGGGAGUGGCUCUGCCGGACAUCCCCCAGCCCUGCCAUGCGCUCGUGGACCUCUAUGGGCAGUGUGAGCGGGUGACGAUCGUGAGUCCUGAACCAGGAGCUGCCAGUGGCAAGGGUGCUGGAACCCAAGGGGACAUGGAGAAAGCUGACAUGGUGGAUGGUAUCAAAGAGAGUGUGUGCUGGGGUCCGCCGCCAGCUGCCAGCCCCCUGAAGAGCUGCGAGUACCAUGCCCUUUGCUCCCGUUUCCAAGAGCUGCUGCUGCUUCCGGAGGAUUAUUUCAUGCCUCCGCCCAAGCAUAGCCUGUGCUACUGUGAAUCUUGCCGGAAGCUGCGAGGGGAUGAGGCCCAUAGGCGCCGAGGAGAGCCCCCCCGGGAGUAUGCCCUGCCCUUCGGGUGGUGCAGGUUCAACCUCAGGGCAAAUCCCCGCCUGGAGGCUGGGACGCUAACCAAGAAGUGGCACAUGGCGUACCACGGGAGCAACGUGGCAGCCGUACGCAGGGUGCUGGACCGAGGGGAGCUGGGAGCAGGCACUGCCUCCAUCCUGAGCUGCCGGCCCUUGAAGGGGGAGCCCGGGGUAGGGUUCCCGGAGCCUGGAGAGAACUGCGCGCCUCCUCGGGAGGAGCAGCCCCCUCCAGUGCUGCUUUCCCCCUCCCUUCAAUAUGCUGGGGCUGAGACCUUGGCAUCCAAAGUGCAAUUCCGGGACCCCAAAUCCCAGCGGACGCACCAGGCCCAAGUUGCGUUCCAGGUGUGUGUGCGCCCUGGCUCCUACACCCCUGGUCCCCCGACUGCUGCCCUCAGAGAGCCUCCCGAUCCUCACUUCAGUCCAGCUGAACUCGAGUGGGUAACCAAGGAGAAGGGGGCCACACUCCUCUAUGCCCUGCUGGUACGGGUGGAGUGAGGGGCGAGACCCCACCACGACAAGCACAGUUGGGCCCUGGGCCCAUGGAUUCCGGGUGACCACUGCCUCCACCUCAUUCCAGUGACCCGUGGCGCGCCCAGGGGCUGUCAUGGCAGAUGUGCAAGAGCAUGUGUGCAAGCUCUUGGAUUUAGAAGUGGAGGAUACCUCCAUGUGCAGGGGCCCAGGACGCUCCCUCUGCUGUGAGGGAGCUUGUGGGGAGCCAACCCCAGGCCCUGGGGACCCCUCUUCAUGCACUGACUUGGGGAACACGAUUCCCUCUUACCCCCCCCCCUUAAUUUAUUUCCGUUUUUGUUUUUGUUUUGUUUUUUUCUGGUUACUGUGAAUCCCAGAGGAGUCUCUCCCUGUGCCCCACAUGAAGCUGCUUUUCCGGGGGCCAUCGGGGGGAGGGGGAAGGGCGGGCGCGAGGGACGA